AUGUGUAUGCAGGUAGCAGAGCUCCCGUGGUCUGCAUACUGGCUUUUAUUGCGGGGUUAUUACCCAGGAAUCCACCUGUCUUACGUGUAUCUGGGCAAUGGGAAGGAGAAAGUGAUACCCAAGACCAGUAAUGGUGAUGUUAUCGCCGAUGGAUAUGGGAUAUCGUUCUUUGUUGAUCAAAGUGUCCUCCCCAAAGCGAUGAACAGCGAGGUUUGA